UAGCCAAGUUCAUCUGAUAUUGUGUUCCAUUCAUGUCAAGAGUAUAUAACUUCACCGUCGCCUAGACUGUCCUACAACCGCCAACACCAUUGCUCAUUUUACAACUAUACAACCAACCCAAACACUUCCAGAACUUUACUGCAUAACCAAGACGUUCCUGAACCGAGGCUUUCCAGCCUGGAGGCUCUCAACUGCAUCCUGCACCUUAUCUAAAGGAUACUUCUCAAUCAUGCACUUCACCCCAUGAAUCAUGGAGAAGCGAAGAGCCUCCUCGCUAUCGAGAGCAUGACCACUAGGCCAGCCUACAACACUUGCACCCUUCAAAACCAGUGACAUUGUAUCAAUCUCUGCUGGGCCAACAGGCGCAAGACUAAGUAGCUUGCCCUCGGCAGCGAGACCAUUGACGAGUGGUGCCACAGCCUUGGGGUUAGGUGCUGUUUGGACAAUGAUGGCUGCACCGCCGAGCUUGGUAAGUUCUUCAGCUGGGUCGCUCUUCUUGGUGUUGAUAUAGUGAUGAGCGCCGAGUUGUUUGGCAAAGUCGGCCUUAUCGUCGCCUGACGAAAGAACAGCGACUUCAUAGCCCAUCUUGUUGGCGUAUUGAACAGCCAAAUGGCCAAGACCACCAAGACCUUGAACCGCAACGAGAUUUCCCUGCUCAACAUGCAACUUGCGGAUACCAUUGAAUACAGUAACACCAGCGCAAAGGAGAGGAGCAGCCUCAGCAGCAUCCAUCUCCUUUGGAACACGAACAACAGCCUCCGCUCUCAAAAGCACAUACUCCGCAAACCCACCAUCACGGCUCACACCAUUAAUCGCCUUGUUAUCGCACAUCUGGAACUGAGCGCGCUGACACUGUCGACAAGUUCGAUCAUGACCACCGUGCCAAGGUCCACCGACACGGUCGCCGUUCUUAAAGUUCUCAACGCCUUCGCCGACUUCGACUACGUCGCCAAUGAUCUCAUGGCCGGGCACACGGGGGAAGACAUCGCCCAUGUGACCGGUGCCGAGAGCUACGUCGGAGAAGCAGACGCCGCAGGCGAGGACCUUGGCGAGGAUUUGGCCUUUGGAGGGGUGUUUGAGGGGGACGUCGCUGAGAGUCCAUGAUGCGUUGGCUUUGUCGAGGACACAAGCCUUGUAAGUCUGGGGAAGAGAAGACAUGAUUGAUGUUUAAUUGACUUUUAAUUGAGACUUAUCAAUUGAUCGAUGAGAUUGUGAUGAUAUGAGAGUCUCAACGAGGAGAAAGCAACAACUUAUAUAUAACGCCCUCAACGCCCAUACCUCAAAGAGCGUCUACACUAGCGAUGCAUCAUAUCUAGCUCAAGGUGCAUUUCCCUCCAUUGGCGAUUGGCUAACUCCGUUCUCCGAUAAGGAAAGUUUCAGCGCAUCAUGGCAAGCGGAAUAAACUCAACUGUCGCAAAGAUCCGAGUGUCAUUGGACAAUUCCCGGAUUUAGGGCGUUGACAAUUACAUCACCCGGCACUUCAGCCGUGCCGUUCUUGGUGUUGAUCUCGGGCAUGUGUAAAGCCGCCGUAAAUGGAUAUCGGAAAUGCAGUCAUCAAUUCUUCCAAAACCGAUGGCCCCUCAUUGGUCGGUAAUUAAUCCGAAAGCUGGGAUGAUCCGAAAGCUGGAGGUCAAGCCACAGUUCAGCCACAUCUGAAAAUUUCCCCCACCAUCGAGGUCAAGCAGCAUUUCGCGAUGCGCAAAGCUCCAAGUAACAGUAGAUACUUCAUUACCGCAAGAUGCCUCUCGAUACGUCAACAUACUCAUUAGCGCUCCUGCGCGUCGACGGAAGAAGAUGGAACGAACUCCGUCGUCUGCAUGCUCAAAUCCGAACUCAAGAUGCUGCUGACGGUUCAUCAUAUCUUGAAAUGGGCCAUACAAAAGUCAUGUGCAUCGUGACAGGCCCUUCAGAGCAGCAGGUUCAAAGACGUGGUGGACAGCAAGCUCCUCGCGACACAGCAGCUAUCAACGUCAAUGUUGUCGUAGCGGGUUUUUCGAGCGUGGAUCGAAAGAAGAGAGGGCGCAAUGACAAGCGCAUACAAGAGAUUGAAACGACGAUUGCGAAUGCGUUUACUUCGAAUUUACAUACACACCUGUUUCCUCACUCUUCCAUCACAAUCUCGCUUCACGUUCUAUCGCAAGACGGAUCCCUCCUCGCCGCUCUUCUCAACGCAACGACCCUCGCCCUCAUCGACGCUGGUAUUCCAAUGACAGAUUACAUCGCCGCCUGCACAGCAGGAUCGACCUCAACAUACGCCGCGGGCGACGACACAGCCGAUCCUCUCCUUGAUCUAAACAACCAAGAAGAGCAAGAACUACCCUUCUUGACAGUCGCGACACAAGGUGAUACCGAUCAGGUUGCUGUACUUGUAUGCGAGAGUCGUGUGCAAGUUAGCAGGUUGGAGGGAAUGUUGGUCGUCGGUGUGGAUGGUUGUAAGCAGGUAAAGCAGUUCUUGGAUCAGGUUGUUAAGGAUAAGGGUGCUGAGAUGGUGAAGGAGGGUGCGGUGGAGAAGAACGAUGCUAUGGGGAUGGAUUUGGAUGAUUAGAUACCAUGUGCAUUGGGUCAUAGAAGUGUUUGGAGUUAUUUGUUUGAUCUGCUAUAUGACAGGUAUGUCUUCGCUAUCGAGGCUAUAGUCACAGACUAAUUGUAAGAUUUAAGGGAUUCCCUCUAUAGCUCCUCGUGCUUGAUCUCCUCCUUGGUCUUGGGCUCAGCUUCAGACUCAGCAACAGGUUCAGCUUCGGGCUCAGGGGUCUUUGCCUCGGCCUCAGCUUCGGCUGGAGUCUCGGACUCGAUCUCAGCCUCGGUCUCAACCUCAGUCUUGGCUUCCUUAGGACCAUCAGUCUCGAUCUCAGGCUCGGGGUCAGUAGCUUGAGUAGACUUCUCGGCAGCCUCAGUCUUUUCGACAACAACACCCUCGGGGAUCUUCUUCUUGGCACCCUCGCCCAUGCGGAUAGCAUCAAUCCAGUUCUCAACGCUGGCGAGGCUAAAGUCGCCUUCGUACUGGCGCCACCAGUUGCGGCGGGUAUUGAUAGCGAUCAGGUUGACCUCGUUCUUGAGACCAAGGGCCUUGGGAAGAGUUGAAGCGGCGUCGCUGUCGCUGGGAACAGCGAUGAUGGGGAAUGUCUUGCGACCGCCGUGGACGUACUUGGUGUUGAGGUGGGAAAGUGAGUCGACUGCCUUCUCACCAGCUUCACCAGGAGUGAAGACAAGAACACAAGUGUGAGACUUGGGAGCGAGACACUCCUCGGCGAGCUUCUCCAGACUAGAGAUAGUAGAGAUAGGAAUGAUAGUGGGAACUGCUUCGGCAGCCUCAGUGGAAGACUCCUUUGGCUCAACGGGCUCCUCCUUUGCAGCCUCGGUAGCCUUGCUCUUCUUGGCACUCUUGGCGCUCUUGGACUCAGCCUUCUUGGGCUUGGAGCUCUUGGUGUUGCCAGUGGCGUGAACGGGGUUAGGCUCUCCAGCCUGUGAGAGAAACUUGACCAUAUCCUUCUUGACCAUCUCACCGUUGUAGACAAUAGGAUCCUUGCCUUCACCGGGGAUAAGAACAAGAGCGGGGAACUUCUCAAUGCCAAACUUCUUAACCGCAGCUGUCUCCUUAUCACGGAUCUGGGCCACCGAAAUAACAUCAAGGAAGUCAAUGGCAAUGCUUCGGAUCAAAGCACUAGUCGUUCCCUUUGAAGUGAAGAGGAUAGCCUUAGGUUUAUCACCCUUGAGGAAAGAGUCAAGAUCCUUGUCGCUCACACGCGUAACAUGGUUGUUGAUCUUGCUCAUGACAGCCUCUUGAAUAGCACCUGCAGUUCGUUGACCCUGGUAAUCCUCAACAACAGGGUUACCAGUCUUCUUUCCAGGACGAACGAUCUUGAGAGUGGGGAAGCCCUGAACACCCAUGCCACCGCAGAACUGCUUGUUGGACUCCUCAUCACAGUCAAUGGCAGCGACUUGAGCGAGACCAUCGAGGUUCUUGGCGGCCUUUUCGUAGGCGGGCUUGAGGUUCUGACAGUGGCCGCACCAUGGGGCGUAGAACUCGACAAUCUAUGAUGUGUAAGUGGCGAUAGUCAAUUAUGAGGGGGGGAAAGACUUACAGAGGUGUAGUUGGACUUUGCAAUGAGCUUAUCGUAGUUGCGAGCGUUGACCUGAAGAACGGGUGAGUUCUUGGUGUAGAUCGCAGCUUGAGCCUCUGGCAGAGCCGCAAGGGCAGCUGUCAAGGUCACCAAGAGCGAGGUGGGGUUAGGCAUGGUGAAGUAUCUCUCAAGUACAAUAAAACAAAAAAGAGAUAAUAUUUAAUGGUAUCUUUGUGGAAUAGAAUCACUUCUACAGUG